GCGAGUGAAUGUAACAAUGAACAUAGCGGGAAGUGACGUCGAUAUGGAGGUGGAUAUGGGAGCGGCGGUAACAGUGAUUCCAACAGGAGUCUACCAGAGUGCAUUAAGUCAUGUGCAGUUAUCACCACCGAGUUCUGUGCGUCUGCAAACGUACAGUGGCGAGUCAUUAGAAGUACGAGGAGAAGCAGAUGUUCCAGUGAGGUAUGGCAAUCAAUUCGCUGUGCUAAAAAUUGUUGUUGUUGAUGUUAACAAAGGGCCUGCAAUUCUUGGAAGGAGCUGGUUGCAGGUGAUCCACAUGGAUUGGAGCUCAUUGUUUCAAGUCCAGGGAGAGAAGCGUCCUAGUCUAGUUGAGUGGUUUCCUGCACUAUUUGGUCCAGGAGUCGGUACCUUGGCAGGAAGUCAAGUCAGGAUAACACUGAAGGAGGGAGCUCAACCGAAGUUCUAUAGACCCCGUCCUAUACUGUACGCGUUACAAGAGAAAGUGGACAGUGAGCUUGCAAAACGAAGGCAUACUGAGACCUGUGGAAAGCAGUCGGUGGGUUGCGCCCAUAGUAGUGGUCCGGAAGGCAGAUAG